GAAGCAAAUUUACCAAAGAUCCAACCAAGCUGGAGCCCUCCAGCCCCCCCGGGGAGAUCUCCCCUGAGCCGCACCGCGGGGCUGUGCUGGACCUGGUGGGAACCUCUCAGGGUAACAGCAGGUCUGAGAAGUGUAACGUUUCUGAAAGCUGUGAACCAGGUACCUCGGGAGAGCUGGGUGGGAUCAGGCAGAUCAAAAUCGAGCCAGACGAGCUGGACAUCAUCCAGAUCACCGUGCCAGACCGAUCGCCUGGUUCGGAUGAGAUGCGUGACCCAGUACCCACGCACAUGGCCUCAGAGGAGUCGAACUACAUCCCAGAAACAGGAGCAGGGACAGAGAAGGGGCCCAUCGAGGAGUUGCGACAUGAAGAAAAGCCGAUGGAGGGAUCAGAUGGUAUAGGAGAUGUUUUAAGUCAUUUGAGGAAACAAGUUGAGAUUUUGUUCAACAUGAGAUAUGCAAAAGCCAUAGGAAUAUCAGAGCCGGUCAAAGUUCCCUACUCCAAGUUCCUGAUGUAUCCCGAGGACCUGUUUGUGGUGGGCUUGCCAGAGGGCAUCCUGCUGCGGCGCCCCAACUGCUUCGGGAUUGCGAAGCUGAAGAAGAUUCUGCAAGCGAGCAAUAACAUCCAGUUUGUCAUUAAAAGGCCAGAGCUGCUGGCAGAGGGCGUAAAGGAGACAGCGUCGAAUAGCCCGGCAGCCAAAGCCACCAGCGAGAGGGACUCGAGCGAGGCACUGCUGGAGGACGCUGUGAAGAGACAGGGCUUUCAAGAAAAUUAUGAUGCCAGGCUUUCCAGAAUAGACAUUGCUAACACACUGAGGGAACAAGUCCAGGACCUGUUCAAUAAGAAAUAUGGUGAGGCCUUGGGGAUUAAGUACCCCGUGCAAGUGCCAUACAAGCGGAUCAAGAGCAAUCCAGGGUCAGUGAUUAUAGAGGGGCUGCCCCCUGGGAUCCCGUUCAGGAAGCCGUGCACCUUCGGCUCACAGAACCUGGAGAGGAUAUUGGCCGUCGCCGACAAAAUCAAGUUCACCGUGACGAGGCCUUUUCAAGGACUCAUCCCCAAACCUGCCCCUAGACGGAUAACAUCAUUGGAAAAAGCCUACGCUGCCUUGAAUGAUGAGGACGAUGCCAACAGGCUCGGGGAGAAGGUGAUUCUCCGAGAGCAAGUGAAAGAGCUUUUCAAUGAAAAAUAUGGAGAGGCUCUGGGCUUGAACCGGCCUGUCAUGGUGCCAUAUAAACUCAUCAGGGACAGUCCUGACGCCGUGGAGGUUACCGGGCUGCCAGAUGAUAUCCCUUUCAGAAACCCCAAUACCUACGACAUCCAUCGGCUGGAGAAGAUCCUGAAGGCACGCGAGAGCAUCCGGAUGGUGAUUAUAAACCAGCUCCAGCCAUUUGCCGAAAUCUGCACUGAGGCCAAACAAACAGAGAAGGACACCAGCGUUCCCAAACGGAAGCGGAAGAGGAUCUCCGAAGGGAACUCGGUAUCUUCCUCUUCCUCAUCUUCCUCUUCCUCCUCUUCCAAUAUGGAGUCUACAUCAUCAACAAAUCAGAUCUCACUUGUGCAAUGGCCCAUGAACAUGUACAUGUUAGACUAUGGUGGUCUAAACGUCCAGAUCCCAGGACCUAUUAACUAUUAGACCUCAAUACCGAAUAAGAACCUCAAAUGAAAGAAUAAAUAAAUAAAUGUAAUUUAUGUAAAAAGUGUAUAUUCCAAUAUGUAUCAAUGCCUUUUAGUUUUUCCAAUGAUUUUUACACUAUAUUCCUGCCAUCAAGGCCUUUUUAAAUAAAAAUAUAAAGUGUUGCCUUGCUCUUAAAA